AUGUUUUCCUUUCAGGAGAGUGCAUCAGUUCCUCUCGCGUUGGAGGACGGCUUCAGUAAGGAUGAAAUAGCGGGUUUCGAGGAGCUGCUGUGCUCGCCCAAAAAAGCCCCACCCACCAAAUAUCAAUGUCAUAUCUGCUAUCGAACUGGUCACUAUAUCUCCGAUUGCCCGAUGCGCUUCAACACUCCUUACGAUGAGCUGACUCCAUAUCAAGGAAGGAAAAAAUGCUACGGAGAGUUCCAGUGUCAUCAAUGCAAGCGCAAAUGGACCAGUCAAAAUUCGGUGGCGAAUGAGGCGCAGUCGUGUAUAAAAUGUCAUAUACCGGUAUUUCCUCACAAACAGUUACCCGUCGAAAAAGCCGUUGCAAUGGGGCUGAUCAAGGCUCAGCAUGCAAUCCCCUCAAAGAUUGCUCCAAUUGGCCAUGGACGCCCACCUGCAAAAUGUUGA